AUGAUGUUGAUGAUGAUGAUGAUGAUGAUGAUGAUGAUGAUGAUGAUGAUGGUGGGAGAAGAAGAUGAGAUGAAGAGGAAGAAGAAAAAAGGAAGAAAACACAAGAAGAAGGAAAAAGAAGAAGAUGAGAAGAUGAAAAAAAGAAGAGGAAGAAAGAAAAGGAAAGAAGAAGAAAAGGAAGAGGAAGAAGAACAAACAGGAUGA